UGUAUCUUGACAGUCACACCUGCAUUGUUUUUAGGUGUCCAGCCACCAUUUUGAACUUCCCCAAAUUGAUACACACUAAACCCUAACCCUAAAGCCAAAAACCUCUCUAGAAGGCCAUCAAUGGAGAUGGAUUCAUCUGAAGGUAACACUGAGGAUACGUUAAGAAAAGUCACAAAUGGUCCGUUACCAUCUACGAUUUCAAAGCUCUCUGGUUCUUCACGAGGAAUCCCCACCGAUAAAGACUUCCAUUUCUACAACAAUUUCAGCGAAUUCAGAACACCUAUUUCACAAAUCGACAAGAAAUCAAAGGAUAUCUUGGACAAAGUCGGGGCGUUAUCGCAACUAUGGGGAAAACCCAUAUCGUGUCCGGAGGAUCCAGAUGAUGAGGAGAGCCAAGAAUGGCUGGUGAACAUAAAUGACGACGUUUUGGAGAAACUCGCUUCUUCGUUAGAUGAGUUUAAGUUGUUGAGAAAGAAAGAAGAGGAAACUGGAGUGAAGAUGGAGAAGGAUUCUGAUGACGGAUUUCAAGUGGUUUCUCGGAAGAAGAAUCGGAAAGUGGAAGUGGCUACGAAAGGGAAGCCAAAGAUUCCAUUUCAUAUACCCACCAUCCCGAAACCGCAGGACGUGUAUAAAAUCAUUGUUAACAAUACAAAUCAGCCAUUUGAGCAUGUUUGGUUGCAGAGAAGUGAGGAUGGUUCUAGGUUUAUGCAUCCGCUGGAGAAGUUUUCGCCCUCAAACUUUGUUGAGAGUGGUGGUGGUGGUGUCAUUGACCCUGUUAAACCUCCUCCAUUAGAGAUUACUCCAUUCAAGCUUGUGGAAGAGGUUAAAGAUCUUAAAAUGUUAGCAAACAAGUUGCGUUCUGUUGAUGAGUUUGCAGUUGAUUUGGAGCAUAAUCAAUAUAGAUCUUUUCAAGGAUUGACAUGUUUGAUGCAAAUAUCCACUAGAACUGAAGAUUUUGUUGUUGACACUUUGAAGCUCCGUGUUCACAUUGGCCCUUAUCUGAGAGAUGUUUUUAAGGAUCACAAGAAGAAAAAAGUGAUGCAUGGUGCUGAUCGAGAUAUUGUGUGGCUUCAGCGUGACUUUGGCAUAUAUGUAUGCAAUAUGUUCGACACUGGCCAGGCCUCGAGGGUUUUGAAAAUGGAAAGAAACAGUCUGGAGCAUCUGCUACAACAUUUUUGUGGAGUUACGGCGAAUAAAGAAUAUCAGAAUGGAGAUUGGAGAUUACGCCCACUUCCUUCAGAGAUGAUGAAAUAUGCUAGAGAAGAUACACACUAUCUCUUGUACAUUUAUGAUGUUAUGAGGAUGGAAUUGCUAUCCUUGGAUGCUGGCGGUGGAUCUUCUGAUGUGCCUCUAAUAGAAGUGUACAAGCGAAGUUAUGAUAUAUGUAUGCAGAUGUAUGAAAAAGAACUUUUGACUGAUACCUCAUAUCAGCACAUAUAUGGAUUACAGGGAGCUGGCUUCAAUGCCCAGCAGCUUGCAGUUGUUGCUGGGCUACAUGGGUGGAGGGAUGUUAUUGCCCGAGCAGAAGAUGAAAGUACUGGCUAUGUUUUGCCAAACAAAACACUUACUGAAAUUGCUAAGCAGAUGCCUCUUACCCCAAGCAAAUUAAAGGGAUUGAUGAAAUCAAAGCAUCCGUAUGUUGAGCGUAAUCUUGGUUCUGUUGUCAGCAUCAUUAGGGCCUCUGUUCAAAAUUCCGCUGCAUAUGAAGCAGCCGUGGAACAUCUGAAGGAAAGGCGCUUAGAAUUACAAGCUCAAGAGAACAUUGUGGCCACUGAGGGUGCUGAAAUGUCAGUUGAAAUUACUGAGCCACCUGGUGACACCUCUGAACGUCGUAAUGAAUAUGGUGGUUUAAAAGCUGCUACUUCAGGACAGGUGGAAGUAACUAUUCAGGCAAUUGAGAAACCCAGCCAUGGUUUUGGGAUGUUACUAGGGAGUACAACAAAGAGGAAGCUGCAGCCUGAGAAAAUAAAGCCGGAAGAGAUCCAAGUGCAGCAGAUCAAGUCUUCGGUGAGCCUUCCAUUCCAUGCAUUUUCACGUAGGAUUGAGCAAGCUGCAACAGGGCCUGCUAAACCAUUGGAAAUUAACCAUAGAGAGGAGGAACCUGUUGCUAUUAAUUGCAAGUUAGAAGUUAUAACCGUGGAGACUGAUUCAGAUGAUGGGGAAUCAGUGAAAGGUGAGUUAUCAACAGGACAACAGGAAAACUCAUUUGCCAUGCCGGUAGCUACUUCAAAAUUAGAAGAUGUUAUCUUACUGGAAAGUGAUUCAGAUCUUGAGGAAUCAGGCAAAGAUGACUCAGAAGUUACUAACAAUCAGCCUGAGUGUGGGGAAAACAAAAAUGCAGUUUCUGUUGAGAUGGAAGAAGGGGGUGAGAAUAUGUCCCUGUCGAUAAAUCAAAAAAGUAAGGGGAAGCUUGCUGAGAAACCACAAGCACAUGAAGGUCAGUUGAAUGUCGAGGUUUUUGACUAUGAAGCGGCAAGGAAGCAAGUGGUAUUUGGAGAAGAUCCAGGUAAAAAACAGCCGGAAAGAGAAGGUGAUGAGUCUCGUAGGAGUAGGAAUGAUAAAGGUAAUAAGAAGGAUUUAUUCCUAGGCCAGCCACCAAAGAUUGAAGAGACAGCUGAGUUCCAGCAAGGUAGAAGGCGUCAAGCUUUUCCAGCUUCGGGGAAUCGAAGCUAUACUUUCCGUUAGAUGUUGAAAGGCUAAUAUGAACUCGUAAGUAAGGUACGGAAUGAGCCGUCUACAAAGUAAGUACAUCAUUUCGCAUGCUUUUAGCAAAGUUCACUAGUACUGUUGGCUCAAGCAAGAGGGGGAAAUCAUAGAUUGAUGUUUACUAAUGGAAGUAAAGUUUUGGAAUUAGUUGCGGUGUUACUGUUAAUCUGCAUUUGCUUUUCAAUUUUAUCAUGUUUAGUUGUUCAAAUUCUAAGAAAAUAACUUUGUGA